GCAUGAAAUACCAUUCACGAUCGUGAGCCGAUAAAACUGAACUUUCUUCCUUCGGUCGUUAAACUCGAGAGAGUAAUUUUCAACGAACUCCAAAAAGAAACUAACUACAUACUUUUAUCGAUUCGACGUUGUACAGGAUCGAACGUUCAACGUCGUUCGACAUGAAAGCAACUUCAAAGCGAAAGGGAAAGGUAAUAUUAAAGCAAGUCCCACUGACCGUCUUUAAUAACGAUGACGUCAAAAUUGCGUUUAAAUAAUUUCCAUACCUUUGACAAACUCAUACCUAAAAUAUUAACAUCAAUAACUCGAGGAACCUUCGAAGUAUAGAAACGUAGAAAAGUUCAAAGUCGAAAAGCUGUGAUCGGAUUGCGUGUACCUAAUGAGCUUUCUCGUAAAUUAAUACUUUUCGAAAUUCCUAACUAAGAAAGGCGAGCGAGUUUGCGCGAGCUUACGCCUUUCUUUUACGUAAAACGCGAUCUCUCUUACUUCCGGUGUCCUUCGCAAGCUCGCGCGGUAACAGGACGGAUUAACCUGCGCACCUGCGAAGAAACUCAGAGCUAUCGCGAAAGCUCGUAAACGCGCCAGUUAGAAUCUAGAUUUCGUCUAGAAUACAUCUCGACGAGCUUUUUCUAUUUUACACUUAAGUAACCGAUCCUUCGUGAUCUUGGACGGAAAAAGAAAAUAGAAAAAAUGAAGAGAUUGAUCAUUUUAAUGAUAAAAAGGACGAUCGUUUCGGCUACAGCGUGAUCGAUCGCAAGAUAAAUAAGUGAGUAGCGAAUCUCUUUACCUUCGCGGGCUUUUCAUUUUGAAUCAGACGCAGGCGCAGCGUAGAAGUGGUCAAAGUAUCUUUCGUUUGACUUUUUAAUAUAUGUAACACGGAUAUCUUUCUGUGAUUAUUAUUGCUUUUAAUAAAACGUCGAUCGUCGCUUAUCGUUCGUGAUAUUAAUUUAAAAAAAAAUCUCAGAUCAUUUUUAUUCUUUGCGUAUAGCGUGAAGCUAACGACCAUCUAUUUUUGGCACAUACUUUCUCAUUGAUUUUUCACGAUAAGAACUUACGUAUACGUCACAUCGAAAUGUUACAAGGUGUGAACUCUAAUUCCCUCUUAAAUACGCCAAUUAUUUCAGAGUUUCUUGCACGUCGUAACGUCCUCUUUUCAAUCCUAUAAGAUAUAUCAUGCUCCGGCAUGGCAGUAAAAUGCUUGGAAGGACCUUUCGUAUUCAGACUCAACGAGAACGGAGCAGGACCUCUUCUACUCGUACAGGUAUCGUAGAGAAAUCGUUGAAACGAUUCUAUCAUGGAUAGGAUAAAUAAAAAUCGUCAUAUAUUCAAAGUCAAAAAAUACAGUCGAAAAAUAGACUAGUCGAUCUGUCGUCAAACUUUUUAAUUUCUUUGGUUUUAAUUUGGCCCGGUUACAAAGUUAGCAUUGCUUGUUAACCUUGAACCAAAUAUUUUCGAAGCUACGAUACAGAUGCCAUAUCUGCAUAGGCGAAUAGACGCAACGAAUUUCCGCUGCGUGUACGAUACUUCUAAAGUCUAUGAUUAAUUACAUGCGACAUGCAAGGAUAAAGGAAGAGGAAGUUUGCACGGAACGAGGAUGGAGGGAAUACGCGGGAGAAAAUAAUGUAUUCAAAGAUCGAUGGAAUUUAUGGUGGCGAUCCGGUGGUUUUCCUUUUACCCAAUUUAAACCAUUAUUUCCUUGGCAGUUCGUUAAUCGAAUACCAAAAGGAAAUUCGAUCUGUAGAAAGGACAAUCUCGUGCGUCAUUUAAAAUGCAUGAAAAAGGGCCACGGCUCGAUUUACGAUUUCAGUCCUGUAGGAUAUAAUUUGCCCUCGGAAUAUACGAAACUCGCGGAAGAUUGUAGUCGUUACGAGAAGGACGAUAGAGUUUGGAUUUGCAAACCGGUCAGCCAAAGCCAAGGAAGAGGAAUAUUUCUUUUCCGUAAAUUAAGCGAUCUCUCGUACAACAAUUCGGCCGUUGUACAAAGAUACAUAGAAAAUCCUCUUCUCAUCGGUGGCUACAAGUUUGACUUACGUCUUUACGUUUGCGUACCUUCUUAUCGUCCCUUGACGAUAUAUCUUUACAAGGAAGGUAUAGCUCGAUUUGCCACCGAGAAAUUUUCCUUGGAACGUUUAGACGAUCCCUUUCGUCAUUUAACGAACUUCUCCUUGAACAAACUAGGCCCAGGAUAUUCGGAGAAAAAAGAACGCAUUGGUGCUGGUUGCAAAUGGACUUUGAGACAACUCAGACGAUACUUCGAGCAGGCUGGAUACUUCGAUUGGUUUCUUUGGCAAAGAAUAGCCUGUCUCGUGAGUUUAACGAUUAUAAGCCAAGCAGCUGGUAUACCAAGCUCUUCUAAUUGUUUCGAAUUCUUUGGCUUUGACGUGUUAAUCGAUGAAAAUUUAAAACCAUGGUUAUUGGAGGUAAAUCUUAGUCCAGCUUUAAGCAAUGAAUGUGAGAUCGAUUCGGAAGUGAAAAAACCAUUAUUACAUGAUUUGUUCGAUUUGUUGGGCCUUCCAGUCUGUAAUACUGGACUAUCGUUGUUUAAAAUCUGGUCUUACGAUCGUGUAGUAAACGAAGAGAACUCGUCUUCCAAACUUUGUGCAAAUCGUUCUACGAAGAAAAAAUCCAAAUUUAAUAGAAACGAUGGCACCAUCAUGAAUCUAUAUUCUGAAACACGUUCUGCCUAUAGGAAAUCGUCCUCAGAAAUGUGUCCGACUUCCUGGUCUCGUUAUAAUCCUUUAUUGAUGGACAAAUGCAUUCGACAUGACUUCAAAGGCAAUAACAUCAACAAUCAUUCAUCAGCUUCAGUAUGGGAUAACGGUAGAGAUUGGAAUGUUCCUUGCGUUCGAGAAGGCGGAUGGGUUCGCAUUUGUCCAUUAACAAGAUUGAAACAUUCCAAAAAUGCUGAAUUUUCACAAACAGAUGCACCGCGUUCCAUUGAAAGAGAAAUCAAAGACACGAUUCUUUGUAUAAACAAGUACUUAAAAGCUGCCAAAGAUAUCCAUCGAGGAAACGAAAAACAAAGAGACGACCAAUAUAAUGCUCUUCUGCAAGCUUCGCUUAAUUUAAAUGCAGAAGUCUGGCUGCCAGAAAAGUAGAACAUAGAUAUUUGUCUUUAUACUUGGUAAGAAAUAUAUAUUUUAUGUUGCAAAUGUACAACACAUUCGUUCAAAGUUAAAUGCAGUUAACUGCUUUUGCCGAUCGAAAUCUUCUCUUGCAUAUGUGUUCAUUAAACUUACAAAAUAUUAAGUAUACUUCAAUCUUGAAACUUCUAAUGUGUCUUUUAAAUUAAAAUCUUGAUCGAUCUUAUAAUCCUGUCAAUUAUAUCUUAACUAUUUUUACAUAGAUAUAUGUAUGCAGUCGUAUUGCGCAAUGGUGGAACAUUAAAUAAAUGUUCUACGUUUCACCAAAAAACUUUUAGUUUAUUUGGAUAUUUUUUAAAAAUGUACAUUAAUUCACUCCCUUUGCUGCUAACCUCUUGUCACGUUCUUCCGCGAUGGAAAGCUUGACACCCUUGUCUCUUGGUAAACUUAUAUAUGCCUUUAGACCUUUUCCAAUAAUGAAUACGUUAUUCAACCUAUGUAAAUCAUUCGUACUUAGAAAUUGUUCGUAUGAAAUAAGUAAAUGGUGAUAAAUUUAUACCCAUUGUUGGUAAUAUAAAAGAAAUUAAUUUCAUAAAACAUUAAUUUACAUUGACAUACCUAGUGGCAAAAGUAUGUCCUUGAGAGUCCUUAAUAUGACAAAUAUCAAACGAACCAGGAUGACGUUCACGACUAACGACUGUUCCGACACGACCUAAAUUCCUUCCGCCGGUGAUCAUACACAAA